ACGCUUCCGCCCAGAGCCGGAAACUUCGUGGCCGAGGUACCGGGAGGGGCGCGCGGUGUAGAUCCACGGACUGAGGGCAGAUCUCGUAUUUUGGAUUCCUGCUGUCCUAUAAUGAGUGACAUUGUGCCGUUAGACGUCAUUGGUAGAAGAGUUGAAGUUAAUGGGGAAUUUGCAACCGUGCGCUUUUGUGGUACUGUUCCUCCUGUGGCAGGACUCUGGUUAGGAGUUGAGUGGGACAAUCCCGAGAGAGGAAAGCAUGAUGGGAGCCAUGAAGGCACUAUGUAUUUUAAAUGCAGGCACCCAACAGGGGGCUCCUUUGUUCGUCCAAACAAAGUUAAUUUUGGAGUAGACUUUCUUACUGCUCUUAAGAAGCGUUAUGUAUUAGAAGAUGGAUCUGAUGAUGAUGGAAAAUCAAGUUCCUUAAAAGUUGGAAGUAAACAAGUGCAAACUGUUGGUUUUGACAGUAUCACAAAGAAGCAGAGUCAGCUGAGAGCACUGAAGGACAUUUCCUUGUGGAAGUGUGCUGUGAGUUGUGCUGGUGAACAAGGAAGAAUUGCUGAAGCCUGUCCCAAUAUUCGAGUUGUUAAUUUGUCCAAAAACUUGUUGUCAUCUUGGGAUGAAGUGAUUCUUAUUGCAGAGCAGCUCGCCAACCUGGAGGAUCUCGAUCUCAGUGAAAAUAAACUACAGUUUCCCUCUGACUCACCAACUCCAACUGGAACAUUUUCUAAUCUGAAGAUUUUAGUCCUAAAUAAAAUGGGAGUAACAUGGGCUGAGGUGCUGCGCUGUGCCCCUUCAUGGCCAGUCCUCGAGGAACUCUACCUCAAGUCUAACAGUAUUUCCAUUUCAGAAAGGCCAGUAGACGUCCUGCAGAAGAUGAGGUUACUAGACCUUUCCUCUAACCCAGGCAUUGAUGAAAGCCAGCUGUGCCUCAUAGCAUAUCUUCCCAGAUUAGAACACCUACUCAUUUCCGACACUGGACUUUCUUCUAUACAUUUUCCGGAUGCUGGAAUUGGGUGCAAAACAUCCAUGUUCCCGUCCUUGCAGUACCUCGUAGUCAAUGACAACAAAAUAUCAGACUGGUCAUUUAUCAAUGAGCUAGAUAAAUUACAGAGCCUACAGGCGUUGUCCUGUACUAGAAACCCCUUGACUGAAGGAAACAAAGCAAAGGAAAUCAUCAUUGCCAAGAUUGGUCAGCUGAAGACCCUGAACAGAAGUGAGAUUCUUCCAGAUGAAAGGCGUGGAGCUGAGCUUGAUUACCAAAAAGCCUUUGGAAAUGAAUGGAAAAGGGCUGGGGGACAUACGGAUCCAGACAAAAACAGGCCAAAUGAAGAGUUUCUUUUGGCCCAUCCUAGAUACCAGCUUCUCUGCAGCAAAUAUGGUGCACUUGAAGAUGAGGAACUCAAAACACAGCAGCCAUUCAUGCUCAAAAAUCAGCUGCUAACAUUGAAGAUAAAAUGCUCAGACAAACUUGAACAGAAAGUAUUAGAAAAGCAGUUGCCAGAUUCCAUGACAAUUCAAAAGGUAAAGGGACUGCUGUCACGUCUUCUCAAAGUUCCUGUGUCAGAACUUCUGCUGUCCUAUGAAAGCCCCAAGAUGCCGGGCAGAGAAAUUGAACUAGGAGAUGACCUACAGUCAUUACAGUUUUAUUCUGUGGAGAAUGGAGACUGUCUACUAGUGCGAUGGUAACAAUCCAGCCGUAAGAGUUUAGCGGCUGGAAUGUUGUAUAUACCAGAAACAAAAACUUCACCCUUAUAAAGGAUGUAUGUUUUGUUGGGAAAGGACCAUUUGGUUAUAUAUAGAAUAAUAAAGGCUUUGAUUACUAGUGA